AUGGGGAACGAAGCGAGCCUGGAGGGAGGCGAAGGGCCGCCGCCCGGGCUACCGGAGGGGCUGGCACCUGACGGGAAGGGCGGCUUCGUGCGGGUCUCCGACGGGAGCCCCGUCGACCUGGCGGAGCUCAGCGAGGAGCAGAGGCGGCAGCUCGCCGCGGCGGUGUCAAGGGCGCAAGGCAGGCAGCCCGGAGGCGCAGCCGCCGCACGAAGACCUUCAGAAUCUGAUGCCCAGCAACGACCCCAACAGGUAGGGGCCUCCAGGGGCCCAACAGGUCUCAGUAAGAGCCGAACUGUAGACGCCUUCAACCAGGGCCCACCUGGCAAGCCCACACCGGGUCGCAGCCCUUCAUCCCUCAGUCUUUUUGAGUCCAGAUUCCGGCAGGAGCCAAAGGAACCUGAGACCAAGUCACCCGGCAUGUUUGGCUCCAGCUUCCUCAGCGGGGCCAACCCCCUCAGUGCCGUGUCAUCGAUGACGUCCUCUGUCUCCUCCUCCAUAUCCUCCAUGGGUGAUUCUGUCAACAUGUCCAAGUUUGGACUGUUUGGGGAUGAGGAGGAGGGAGACGCAGCACCUGAGUCCAAGCAGGGAGGAAAGCCACCAGGGAAGGGCCCCCAGCAAGGGCCGGGUCCAAAGGGACCACAACAGGGAGGACCCCAGAAACAAGGUCAGGGCCCGCCGGGGCAGGGGCCAAAGCCAGGGCAAGGGCCCUCUGGGCAGGGACCCAGGCAAGGCCAGGCACCGCCAGGCCAGGGGCCCAAAUCAGGCCAGGGUCCUCCUGGCCAAGGACCCCCUGGGCAGGCCCCUAGGCAAGGUCAGGGGCCACCAGGACAAGGACAACCAGGGCAACAGGGCCCCAAACCUGGUCAAGGACCCACAGGGCAACAGGGCCCCAAACCUGGUCAAGGACCCCCUGGGCAGGCUCCCAGGCAAGGUCAGGGGCCACCAGGACAAGGACCCCCAGGGCAACAGGGCCCAAAACCCGGUCAAGGACCCCCAGGGCAACAGGGCCCCAAACCUGGUCAAGGACCCCCAGGGCAACAGGGCCCCAAACCAGGUCAAGGACCCCCAGGGCAACAGGGCCCCAAACCAGGCCAAGGACCACCGGGUCCAGGUGCCAAACAGGGUGGCCCUCCCCCACAAACAGGUGGCCCUCCACAACAAGGACCAGGGAAGUCUGGACCCAAGCAGCAGGGGCCACCUGGCCCCGGGGCUCAUCCUGGGGAGCCACCUAAGAGUGGAGGGCCACUUGGUCAGCAGGGGCCUGGAAAGACUGGAGGUGGACUCUGUCCACUGUGUAAGACCACCCAGCUGAACACUGGGUCUAAGGACCCUCCAAAUUACAGCAACUGCACUGAGUGUAAGAACCAGGUCUGCAGCCUCUGUGGGUUCAGCCCCCCCGACUCAGCAGGCAAAGAAUGGCUGUGUCUGAACUGCCAGAUGCAGCGGGCGAUGGGAGGUAUGGAUCCCCCCGGCAUGACAAAGCCCAAGCAAGGCUCUGCCCCGCCCUCGCCGCAGAGACAGGCGCCUGGCAAGCCUGGCAAGCUGUUGAUAAAGCAACAGAGUACCACCGACCAAGGGUUAACACCGCCAACCACGCCGAGGCAGAAAUCCCCAGGUCCUACCUCUCCGGGACCUCUUUCCCCGGCCUCUUCGGCGGGAUCACCCAAAAUUGACCCCAAGACAGGUCGUCCCAUCCAGCAGAAGACCACUCCCCAGCCGUCGCCGUCUAAGGCCAAACAGGAGUCCAGCUUCUUCGGGGGGUUUGGAGGUAUCAGUUUAGGAGGCCUGACCGAUGCGGCUAAAUCUCCUGCGGCUUCUUCUCAAGCUGCCGAGUCUGUUACAGGGAAACUGUUUGGCGGUUUUGGCGGUUUGAUGGAAUCGUCAAAGCCUCAGGCACAGGCUCCGCCAAAGCAGGAGGAGUCGGUGGCUGGGAAGUUGUUUGGCGGUUUUGGAGGGUUGACAGAAUCCAAAUCUCCUGCUGCUGCUUCUCAGAUGUUCAGCUUCGGAUCGUCCCUCUUGAGCUCAGCCACCAAUCUCGUUGCGGGGGAGGACCAAAAGGCAGCGGAGUCUCCACCCAACUCCCCCGCUGACUCCGGAGCGGGUUCCCCUCCUGACUCCCCCUUCUCUGAGCCUGGAUCGCCCCCUGAUUCGGACUCUGCUCCUGACACCCCACCUGCCAAAUCCAAGAAACCCCCCAGAACCAUCUCUGUGGAGCAGGAAGAGAAGGCCCCAGCAGUCCAACUGGCGCCAGCCCCGGCCUCAGCCACCAAGGAAAGCUGCCCUCUCUGCACCGUGGAGCUGAACGUCGGAUCAUCAGUCACGCCGAACUACAGCUUCUGCACCGAGUGCAAGAAGACAGUGUGCAAUCUGUGUGGAUUCAAUCCCACUCCCCAUUUAGGAGAGAAAGAAUGGCUCUGCCUCAGCUGUCAGACCCAAAGAGCCAUGUCAGGCCAGCUGGGAGACCUGCCCCCUCCAUCCAUGGCAUCCCCAAAGAAGCAGCCACAUGUUCCUGCUCCCUCCGCCACCCCUACCCCUGCUGCUGUAGAUAGCAAACCUGUAGUGGCAGCAGAAUUAACCCCACCAGCUCCUGAGACCAAGGUAGAACCCGCAAGCGCUCCCACACCUGAUUGUGCAUUAAUUCCACCUGAUCAUGAUGCUUCUCUUUCUGUUAGUGCCCCUCCCCCUGAAAUCCUCCCUCAGGAAUCUCAAUCAAAUGAACAAAAACAACCUGAAGCAGCUGAGCCAGUGUCUGAGCCUGUGACUCAUCCGGAAAAAGAAGCUCCAGUUUUAGAAAGUGUAGUUGAGAGUGUCCCAGCAGUUGAGCAACAGCAGAACAGCACAGGGGAAAUAGCAGAGGACCUUCCUCAACCUGAGCCGGAGCCGUCUAAUUCUGUUCAACAAACACAGAGUGCACCUGUCAGUGAUCUCCCAGCAGUGCUGCAGCAACAGACUAGCUCUCUGAAUGCCAGCGAGGACCUUUCUGUCCCUUUAGAACAUGAAAAUCUAUUGACUAAUACAGGUUUAGACAAGGCAUCAGUCCCUGCUGAGGUAGGAGCAGAGCCAGAGAUUUCUCAGACUGAGGCUGCAGCUCCCCUGACAGAUAAUGAGAAAGUGGAGCCAACUACAGAGACGCUUCUAGAAGGGACUGCAAAUUCACCCGAGCCGAUUCCUGUCUCGGUCCCUGAAGCAGUCACACAGGAGGUUAACCUUGAUUCAAAGCCGGAUUCUACAGAUGUAAAAGAUGAGAAAAAAAUAGAGUCAGAACUUUGUAAGCCAACUGAGAAACCUCAGUUAGAGGAAGCACAAGCUACUCCUGCAGUGACAGAAGACCCAGCUCCUAACAUGGAGAAAACAGACAUCACUAAAAAACCUGAGCCUGACAGUGUAGCGACUAAUUCAAAGAGUGAAAUAACUGUGGAAGUAAAGGCAGAACCAAAGAUGCCAGCUCUCACACAAGAUGCUCCUCCUUCUCCGGUUGAGGCUGUAGAACAAGUAUCUCCUGUAGACCACGCUGAGGUUCACAAACCUGACGAGACCCAGAUAGAAUUAAGUCAAGAGCCAGCAAAAUGCAUAGAGUCCGAAAGUUCACCAGUGUCAGAGAAGCCUCCCGACUCCACUUCAGAGGAGAAAGGUCAGUCUCACAAAGUGGAAAACAAACCCGUAGAUAAAGAAACGGAGCCUGUGCCAGCAGAUAAUUCACUCCCUGUUGCUCUGGUUGAAGCAAAUGACAAGAACACUGUUGAGGAAAAGGUUAUUGAGAAAGUUAAUAAUGAAGAGGAAAAAGUUAAACAUGAAAUACAUGAGAAGGCUGGUGAGGAAGCAAUAGAGGACAGUGCUGAGGAAGUUGUUAAAAAAGACACUGUUGAAGAGAGGGUUAUAGAGAAGGUAGACAUUGAGAAUAAAUCAUCUAAUGGCAAAGCUUGUGAAGAGGAGGCAGGUGAGAAGGAUGCAGCUGCAGGGAGGGCUCCAGAGGUAAACGCUGACAAAGGGGAAACUUUUGAAGAUGCGGCGAUUAAACAGGACACAGCUGGGAAGGCAAAUGACCAGAAACCUCUAGAGGUGGAGCUUAAUAAAGCAGAAUUGGUUCGAGCACCCUCACUUACCAAAACAGAGAAUGUUUGUCCCGAAACAGAGGAGGAAGUAUCAAAAACAGCAAAAGAGCAAGAGAGUGAUGCUGAGAAAAUGCCCAAAGAUGAGAUACCUGUAGAAAAAGAACCAGGAACAAACGAUAAACCAUCCGCGUCCGAGGAAAGGCUUGGUGAGACAGAAUCAUUGACAGAGAAAUCAGAGGAGAUGACAAAGCCUGUGGUCAAAGCAGAGAUUGUAGCAGAGAAAGAGGAAAAGCAGAAACUUUUAGAUACUAUGUCAAAAGCAGACAAUGACUUUGAAGAAGUGGUGAAGCAGGACGCUUUGACUACGUCUGUCCUCCCACCUCCUGAGUCUAAAGAUCAGGAAGGCGUCAGUGUCAAGGACUCGGUGCAAAAUACAGAGAUGGAAACAUCCGCUGCUGUUGAUAGUGAGACAGAAAUCAGAGAUAAAGAAUGCAAAGAUAAACACAUUCUGGAUGAGACAGAAGCUGUUUCACAAAAGACAAAUUGUAUUACUGAGAAUCCACAUGAGGUAGCGAGCGAGAUGUUAACUCUAACACUCAGUGAUGAGAAACGGUGUGAGGAACUUAGGGAGCUGUCAAUCAAAGAGAAGGAAGCAAAACUUGACAAAAAAGAGGAUGAGUCACAACCUGUUGCUGGAAACAUCCAGGAAAGAAUUUCAUUAUCAGAGGGAGACACAGUCUGUGACAAAAAUGGCUCUGCACGGUCUGAUGUAGGAGAGAGCUCAAUAUCAAAGGAUGAAGUAUCAGAGACAGGUUUUGAACAUGGAGGUGCAUCUCUGUCGGUAGCUUUGGUCCCUUUAGAAGAACCUGAAACCCCAGCCUCUGUAGUUAGUGAGCAGGACAAACAUCCAAAGGAGGAGAAAACUAAUGUGGAGGAGAACAAAGAGGCAAAAGAUCAGCCCCUGGGAAAGCCCAGGGAGGAAGAUGCAGUCGCUGAGGUAAAAACGGUGGAGACCUUGAAAGAGCCUGGAGAGAAAGAAGCGGCUCCAAAGGUGGGCAGCCCCACUAGCCCAUCGGACAUAGCAAAGCUGGAGAAUACUGUCCUUCCCAUUCUUGAGGCCCAGGCAAACAUGCAACCAAAGGAAGAGGAAGAGAAACUAACAGACACACUGAAGGCCAGACGUAAAUUAGAGGUGCUUCCUCUCUCACCUGACUCGCCAAGCUCAGAAGACGACAGGGAACUUUCUGAGAAGAAUACCCAAGGUACCGCAAAGAGAAAGCUCCUUGUGCCCAUGGAUAUCAGGGCAGAUUCCUUGGAUGACAGCAGUGAAAGUUUUGGAAAAGAAAGUCCAAUGUCAGGAGACGAUGAGGACUUUAUCCGAAAGCAGAUCAUGGAAAUGAGCGAGAAUGAGGAUGCUUCCCCGUCUGAUGAGGAAAACCUAAUCCGGCGAAAGAUCAGGGAGGAUGAAAAGAAAAAAAUGGAACAGAGGAGAACAGAGGCUAUAGAAAGGAGCACAUCAGGAAAAGCCAGGCGACUUACCAAGAAAAGCAGUAUAAGUCCGGAUGAUGAAGAAAAGCAACUCCAUGGCGCAUUGGAUAAAACUGAUAUAGACAAAGAGGAGGGGCCAGAACUAAAAGAAGUAGAGCGUCAAAUUGGGACUGCAGUUCGCAAAUUCCAAAGUAUGGAGCUGAAUGCAACCAGCAGCCCUGUGGGCAUAAAUAAUGAUGAUAAAGAACCUGAGAUGGAAUGCCUUACAGACUCUCCAGACGAUAAAUCGAGAGGGGAGGGGUCAUCGAGUCUACAUGCAUCCAGCUUCACUCCUGGGACAUCCCCAACGUCCCUCUCAUCACUGGAUGAAGACAGUGACAGUAGCAGUCCCAGCCAUAUCCGUUCUGAUGAGGGUAAACAACACAGGAAAGCCAAACACAGACAACCUGGACAAAUGCUGCCAACUAUUGAAGACUCUUCUGAGGAGGAAGAGUUACGGGAAGAAGAAGAUCUUCUCAGGGAGCAAGAAAAACAGAGGGGCUCAGGGAAAAAAUCCAAGAAGGACAAAGAGGAGAUUCGAGGCCAGAGGAGGCGAGAGCGUCCGAAGACACCACCAAGCAACCUGUCUCCGAUUGAAGAUGCCUCGCCAACUGAAGAACUGAGGCAAGAAGCUGAAAUGGAGGAGAUCAGACGAUCAUCCUGCUCUGAUUUCUCCCCGAGUAUCGAAUCAGAUCCUGAAGGGUUUGAAAUCCCUGCUUCGAAGAUCGUUGCAGUCCAGAAAACAUAUCAACUGCCAAUAUCAGUAUGUCUUCACUCCCCAACAGACGAUCAAAAUACUGAUAACCCACAGAAAAAAACUCUUAAAUCUGCUGAUGAGGCUUAUGAGGAAAUAUUGCUGAGGGCUAAGUCGCCAACAAUGGACAAAGGUGAGAUUCGACCAGAAAAGGAAUCCCUUUAUGGAGGCAUGCUCAUUGAAGACUAUGCCUACACGUCUCUUAUUGACAAUUCAACCGCUGAUAUGGAAGACCCAGAGAAGAUUAUUGUUCCCGGUCAGCCCAAAAUACUGAGAUCACCAGAUGAAGUUUAUGAAGACAUGAUAAAGAAGAGGAAGGAAUUCAUGCAGCUGGAGCAGGAAUAUCAAAAUAUGCAGCCAAACCAGAACAGCACUACUCCAGAAAUUGUGUUGCAACCGGCUGAAAAUACCCUCUCAAGAAGCAGUAUAGUAACAUUGGGCAAAGAUGGAAAGCCAUUGUUGGAUGCUGAAGCUGCCUAUGACGAGCUAAUGAAACGAGUGCUGACUCCGGGAACAAGUCCAACUCAGCAGGAGCCAGAGGUGGAAGCCACUGCAUCAAGACGGGCACUCCACCCCAUCCCAGACUUAAGAGUGACACAGUGUUCUUCAGGAGAGUUGUCAUCUGAUGACGAGAGUAUGUUCAAAAGAGAAGAGGACGUAACUGCAGCAUCAGACACAACGUCAGCAAAAGAAACAGAGACGUUUAUUGUGAUAUCUGAGUCGCCUCCAUCAUCACCUUUGGAGCAGCCUCACACCACAAUUGCAGCAUCCCAGGCUGAUGUUGUGGAUCUAUCAAGUGCACUCCCAAGAACGUCAACCCCUGUGAUUGCGAGUGUAUCACCCUUGCCCACAGUCCCCCAGUACACACCAGGUACUCCCAGUGUAGUGUCAACUGCCCCGCCUGUGCCCCCGAAGCCAAACGUAUUGCGUAGGGCCAAUUCUCAGGAAAAAGCAGAAGUACCUGUUGCACCACCACUGCCUCCUCCCACCCCACCUAAACCCACUGUUUUUCCCAGGAAACCUCCAGUUCCACUUCCACCUCAGGCUUCAGCAACUCCGAUCCGACCAGAGACAGUGGCUAUGGCUACAACCCAAGGACCAUCUACAAGACAAGCAGUUACACCAACGUACAAACCUCAUGUUCCCCCUCCCGUUCCACCAAAGCCAUCAGUUCCUGCUGGGAUUGGCGAUAGUCACAGACCUGGACAUUGUGUUAAACCACCAAUUGCACCAAAGCCUGGCUCACAGCCUUCUUCACCUGCCCAUGCCCCAUAUCCACCAAGACCCACUGUUCUUCCUACUAGUCCUACUGACAUAGCUCUGAAUCUGAGCCCCUCUUGUGAGAGCAAGUCAUUCCAACACUCACCAAAGUCUCCUUCUUCUCCAAGAUAUGCCAGCAAUCGUCGUGACACAUAUGUGGUCAUCACACUCCCAUCUCAACCCAGCUCUCCAGUAGACAGUGUCUCAACUCAAGCUCCCUCUAGCCCUGGCCCAAUGUCCCCUUCAUAUCAUUAUCACCGACCACAGCCUCAACCUCAAUCAUUUCAACGGCAGCAUCCACAGCCAACCCCCUCACAAACAACCAGGGUGCCUCUGGCAUACACAAAAGUCAUGGAAUCUAUUGAAAAUCAAGAGAUUUGUGACUCAGAGAAACAUGUAUCUAGUUCUUGUCACAUAAUUGAGGCUAUAUCUGCCUCAGCUCAGCCUCCUGUUGUUAUGCCCAACCUCAUCUCUCAAGUGGUAACCACAGAGGUCCAAAGGACAACUGUCUCUGUUGUUCAUGAAAGGACACCACCACCAGUGCCAGCUCCAAGGGCAAAUGGUGUACCAAUCUCAAUGGAGAAACCCAAGCCCCAAUUGCCUGCACAGAAUGGACAGGCCGUCCAACUAUCUGAAGUGGUAGAUCUCAGGACUAUGAAGGGGGAUCCAGAAUCAGACAUGAAUGGAGUGGAUCUGUCCGCUGGCCCCGACUCAAGACGUCAGUCCUUUGUGACUGACGAUCGUCGUCAAAACAGUGCAGUGCAGUCACCUGUGGUCAACCUCAGUUCUGAGUCAUCUACUGUUUCUAUUGUGACUGAUAGUAUCACCAUUGUGACCUGUGCUGCAACAAUCCAGCAAUUUGACAAUGUAGAUACCUCUCAAGCAACUUCGUUGCCCCUUCAGCUCACAAAAAAUAAAGCCUUUGAGCCUGUUUGUCAAAUUGUAUAUCGGCCAAUUGAUACUCAGCCCUCCACUCAUGUUAGUGCAGAGAUCCCUAUCAACCUCACAGUUGGAUCAAGUGUAGGGACUUUCCAGACCACCCCUGUCACAAUUGCACCAACUUCUGUCGCAAGUGUUGCCAAUGGAUUAACUACGGGUACAACCACAGUGGCAGGAGCCGUUGAUCUUAGCACAACCAAACCAUUCAACACUGUGGUAUCAAUGGACGGUGCUUCAGCAGAAGUGGUCACAGCUGUAAUCACAGAUGAUGAUGGCAAACCAGUGGAUCUCACUGCAGGAAAAAGAGUGGUAUGCUGUGAUGUUGUAUAUAAGCUCCCUUUUGCCGGAAGCUGCACUACUGAGCAAACUGCUACGCCUCUGCCUGAAGACCGUUUUGGAUAUCGUGAUGACCAUUACCAGUAUGACCGUUCACCUUAUGGAAUGAGGGGGUUUGGUGGAAUCAAACCAUCGAUGUCAGACACUAACCUAGCAGAAGCUGGCUUGUUCUUCUAUAAGAGUAAGAACAGCUAUAAUUUCAGUGGCACCACAGAGGGUGCAGUAGAUCUUACCUCGACAAAGAUUUCUGAUGCAGGUGAAGCUGUUGACUACUCCAAGAAAGGGACUUAUGCAGGAAUGACAAUUCCACCCUAUUCUCAAGCCAGAGUUACAAGCGCUGCUGGUACACUCUUUGGUACAAGCACUGUCUUGAGGUCUUCAAAUGGGGUGGUGUAUUCCUCUGUUGCGGCACCAAUCCCAUCUACGUAUGCCAUUACCACCCAACCAGGAUCCAUCUUUAGUACGACAUAUAACACCCUGUCAGGUAUGCAUACCAGUGACACCAUGCCUUCCCUGUCCAACCUCCAGAACUUGCCACUAACACGGUCCCACAGUUUCCUGUCCACUAUUUCCACUACCACAACAGAAGAACAAGGAGAAGCCCCACUCAAUCUGGAGAUCACGAGAGGGGGUACUACUGCUGCUGAUCCUGUCGCCACAGCAACAGCCUCUUUGUCCCUUGACACCUACACUGAUGCAUCCCUGGAGGCCAUAGCUGCUUCACUGGAAGCUCUUUCUUCACCCAUGGUUCCUGGGGAUGGCCAAUAUCAGGUAGAGCGGGAGAGGUUAGAGAUGGAGAAACUCAAGCAACAGCGCCUGGCUGAGGAAUUAGAGUGGGAGCGAAAUGAGAUACAGCGGUUCCGUGAGCACGAACAGCUCCUGGUACAGAAAGAACUGGAAGAGCUGCAGGCCAUGAAGCAGCACAUCCUGACACAACAAGAAGAAGAAAGACAGGCUCAUCUAAUGAUGCAGAAAGAAACCUAUGCCCAACAACAGCAGCAGCUUGAGCAGAUUCAGCGGCUUCAAGAGCAACUGCGUGUGCAACUGGAAGAGCAGAAGUUUCGUCAGAUGUAUCCAGGUGGAGAGAUCGGGCAUGGUGUGCAGGAGGCAGUUGUCUUAGGACCCGAUGGCACAGUGCUGGCCAGAAAAAUCACAGAUAGUGGAUGCCAGACAGAUGAAGAGGAUGAGGCAGUCAGCAAAGCUUACACAGCAGGGAGAAAAAAGAGAAGUUCUAAAAAGAGUGUAGACAGUUGUGUGCAGACUGAUGAUGAGGAUCAAGACGAAUGGGAAGCUCAGACCAGAAGCAGACAAAGCCGGCCACGCACGGCUAGGGGUGAUAGGGGAGGGCAGUCAGAAAUGUCUCUUCAAGCCCAUACUGAAAUUUCUAUACAAACAGAUUCAGAGGGGAACAUCAGAAUGGACACCAGGAUGGAGCUGUCCGACUCUGAAAGGACCUCGCCAAAGAAAAGACCAACUCCGUUGGAAAUAGGACAAUCUUCUAACCUCAAAGUUGAUUCCUCGACGCUUCAAGCUCCUCCUAAAUCUCCAAAAGUGCUCUAUUCCCCCAUAUCCCCAGCAAUAUCCCCUAGCAAGUCCCUUGAGUUUGUUUCCUAUGAGAAAUCACUGGGUGAUACAAGCCCACAAAAGCUAAGAGGAAAUACAGAGCCAUCAAAAGCCUCUCCAGCGAGUCCAAGGGGACCAAAACCCAUGCAGAGGUCCAUGUCUGACCCUAAGCCUAUGAGUCCAACCGGAGAAGAAAUGGCAACAUCCGGAACCCAGUUUGGUGAUAGCUAUGCUGGGAAAAGCUCUGGUAGCACACCAACAGGCACUCAAAAGAAGGUGAAGAGGACUCUCCCCAAUCCACCAUCAGAGGAUGAGUCAACAACCAGUGGCCAGACUGCAUACAGCACUGGUUCAGCCCGCCGGAGAAUGUGCCGCAAUUCCAACAUGGCACGUGCCAAGAUCCUUCAAGACAUCGACCGUGAACUAAAUAUGGUUGAGCGUGAGUCCUCCAAGCUCCGGAAAAGACAAGCAGAGCUAGAUGAGGAGGAGAAAGAGAUUGAUGCCAAGCUGAGGUACUUAGAGAUGGGUAUUAAUCGGAGAAAAGAUGCACUGCUGAUAGAGAGAGAGAAGAGAGAAAGGGCCUACUUACAGAGUGUUGCUGAAGACAGAGACUACAUGUCAGACAGUGAGGUUAGCAACAUCCGAGAGACUAGAGGUGGGCGUGGAGCUGGUGAAGAUGAAGAGAUUGAAGUUCAUGGUCUCGAACGUCCCAGGACAGCUCCUCAGUCAGAAUUGGAUGAGUUUGUCCCACCUCAAACCAAGCACGAGUAUGGAAAAUACUCCCAGUAUCAAUAUCCUCAAAGCCAAUACCAGCAGACUCUCUACGAGACUCCCCAGUCCUACCAGUCUCAUUCCAUCUAUUCCUCUGUCCCCUCGCUCACUAGCGCACAGCAGCAGAGUUACCAUCAGAUGCUACUGUUGCAGCAGAAAGCUGCGAGACAAGCAGCGCUACUCUCAGAGCUGGAUGCAGCUAAAUAUGAAGUCAUUAGUCGCCAGCCGGAUCCCUCAUCAUCAGCUUAUCUAGGAGUGAAGUAUGACAAAUAUGGCAACCAUCUUGAUCUCAGAGCCUUGGAUGUCGGAAGUAUAGCAAGUAGCCCCAUGUCAGCUGUCUCUGAUUCCUAUUACACUGAUGUAGAUCACCAUACACCUCGGAGUUACAUGCUGCUGGAAGAUGCUGCAGAACUAGCUAAGGGCUCCACAGGUCUGUCAUCAUCAUAUAUUCUGGCUGAGAGGGAGCUAGCUAAGGCAGAGAAGCUGCUGCGAAGGAGUGCUGCGGAUCUGGGAUCUACUGACUAUCUGGGCUCAACCUCCAGACUCCAUACAUUUGGAAAGACCCCGGAUGAAGAGGAUACAAUGGAGGAACCAUAUGAACUGAAACUCCUGAAGCAGCAGCUCAAGCAGGAGUUUAGGAGAAGCACAGGUGGGACAGAAAACUUAGAGCGGCUGACAGGCCUCUCCCAGGACUACUACACCCCUAGCACUGCCGUCUCUAGUUACUCCCAAAGACACUAUCCAAAGACAGACAAGUAUAGCAUCAGUCGACUUACUCUAGAGAAACAGGCCGCUAAACAACUCCCAGCAUCUAUGUUGUACCAAAAACACAAGACUCCGCUGGUAGAUCCUAAAAUCUCGUCCAAGUAUUCCUCUAUUACAGACAGCAGAGGUCUAGAAACAGACUAUAACAACUAUCUGGGAUCUACCAGUGCAUCUCCAAGAUCCAACAGACUUAUGCAGGACGAGAUUACCUUUGGCCUUCGUAAGAAUAUCGCUGAGCAGCAAAAGUACCUUGGGUCAACCUUGGGUGCCAACUUGGCUGGAUCACUAAAUUUGGGCCAAAGCUUAGGUUUGGACUCUGCUUAUCCUAGUGGUAGUCGCUCAAGACCCUCAUCCAGGCCCACAUCUUGCUAUGGCCUGGAUUUGUCUAUCAAAAGGGACCCUUCGAGCUCUUCACUGAGACUCAAAGGUGACGGAGAAUCAUCAGGAGAUGGACCAAGCUAUCAAACCCCCUCUGGUCGCACCAAACCUACCAGCCUUCCUAUUGUGCAAAGUGGACGUGGCCGGUUACCCAUAGUGGCCCAGAACUCAGAGGAAGAGAGUCCCUUGAGCCCUGUAGGACAGCCCAUGGGUAUGGCCCGGGCAUCAGCAGGACCUCUGCCACCCAUUUCAGCUGAUUCAAGGGACCAGUUUGGUUCCUGCCUGUCCUUGCAGGACUCACAGCAACAUAUCAGGGAAGAGCCCACCAGGGGUAGGGGUUAUGUGCUUCUGGAUGAUCUUCAGGGCACCAUGUCAGAUAGUGAAGCCCUAAGUGAUUCCCUGAUGGCUUUGAACAGAGACGAUGCGACCAAUGCCUACCACCUUAGACGAGAGGAGACAGACUGGUUUGACAAACCGAGAGAUGGGCGUUUGGAGAACGUACAAGACAAGAGACAGGGAAAAGUCCCAUACUACCCCUUCCCUCACCUCAGGGUCAAACUGCAGAGGGAUCCCAAAGACCGCAGUGUCUCAGGAAAUGGUCUGGGUAUCCGCGUGGUUGGAGGGAAAGAGGUCCCCGGCAGUAAUGGAGACAUCGGAGCCUACGUUGCCAAAGUCCUACCUGGUGGAGCUGCGGAACAAACGGGAAAGAUUCUCGAAGGAAUGCAAGUCCUGGAGUGGAACGCACUUCUUCUGACGGGGAAGACGUAUGAGGAAGUGCAGGGGCUCGUCGGGCAGCCGUGUAAUGAUGCAGAAGUCUGUGUCAGGCUUGAUCUCAACAUGCUUGCUGAGUCUGAUGGUUCCCAGCAUCUGGAUUUCCAGGAUCACAGCAAAGGGGACAGACCUCCCAGGUCUCCGGGCGUUGACCCCAAGCAGCUGGCGGCCGAGCUGCAGAAAGUGUCACAGCAGCAGGCUCCCUCGUCCACCUCCUCCUCAGGUCUGCCCGCCACCAGCUCAGCGACCUCCAGUCCCGCUCAGCCGGGGUCACCGUCCGUCAGCAAGAAACGCCACAGCAGCAAGACGGCAGAGGGAACAAAGACCCAGUCUCAUCCCAUCUCCGGAGAGAUACAGCUACAAAUCCACUACGACAAGCAGCUGGGAAACCUGAUCGUUCACGUCCUGCAGGCCAGAGACCUUGCACCGCGGGACAACAAUGGCUACUCCGACCCGUUUGUCAAAGUGUAUCUGCUGCCAGGGAGAGGUCAGGUCAUGGUUGUCCAGAACGCCAGUGCUGAAAACAAGAGGAGGUCUAAACAUGCCGGCAAGAGCCUCAACCCCGAGUGGAACCAGACUGUCAUCUACAAGAACAUCCACCUGGAGCAGCUGAGGAAGAAGACCCUGGAGGUCAGCGUGUGGGACUACGACAAGUGCACCUCUAACGAUUUCUUGGGAGAGGUCCUCAUCGACCUGUCCAGCAUGGCCCAGCUGGACAACGUCCCGCGCUGGCUCCCCCUGAAGGAGCAGAGCGAGGGCGAACACCACCGGCGCUCCCACACGAGCCAGAGCCGACACGGAUCCUCUAAACCCUCCUCGCAGCACUCCUCCCCGAAAACCACCGGCUCCUUGCACGAUAUUCAGGACUCGCCGAAAUCGUCUGUGAUCAAGAGCCGAAGCCACGGGAUCUUUCCAGACCCGGCGAAGGACACGCAGGUGCCCACUAUCGAGAAAUCUCACAGUAGCCCUGGCACAUCGAAGCCUUCCCCGUCCGAGGGCCAGAGCCACAGCCAUGGACACAGCCAACACUCUCGCUCGCACGGCGCUUCGCGCUCCAGCAAAAGCGCCGCGCGGCAGCACCAUCCGGACGGCGGCACUGGAAGCAGCGGAGGCGCUGCCAUAGCAACGGGCCCCGAUGCCCCACAGCAGUCGCAGCAGCAGCAGCCGCCGCCGCCGCAACGCCUCCAACCAAGCCAAAGAGGCCGCCUCUCACUGAGGCACCAGAGACACAGCGUAGUGGGCGUGCUCACCAUUCAGAGAGCCCAGUCCGAUUGGCUGCCUGCCCUGCCAUCGGCCGUGUCUGCCACAGGGGGCCGAGCGGAGGGCCGACGCCUGACGCUCAGGAAAGCCAUGUCAGAAGAGAGGCCGCAGAGCACCGGAGCUCGUUCAGGCUACAGAUCCGGCGACGCCCCGGUCACAGCGGCCUCGCUGGACAGCGGCCUGAGUGGCAGCGCCUACAGCUUAUUGGACGAAGAGGCGGAGGCGAACGAGGUGGACAGUGCCAUCUUCCAGGUGCCCCGAUUUGGAAAGAUUCCAAACGGCACGGACCCGAUGAAAUCAUCUCUGGGACACGUUGACGCUGAAGGUAAAUCCCAGAUAAUGGGUGAGAUAAAGAUCGCUCUGAAGAAGGAGAUGAAGACGGAGGGGGAGCAUCUAGUCCUUGAGAUUCUUCAAUGUCGCAACAUCACCUACAAGUUCAAGAGUCCGGACCACCUGCCUGAUCUUUAUGUGAAGCUCUACGUGGUGAACAUCGCCACCCAGAAACGGAUCAUCAAGAAAAAGACCAGAGUGUGUCGUCACGACCGCGAACCGUCUUUCAACGAAACCUUCCGCUUCUGUAUGAACCCGACCGGACACUCGCUACAGCUGUUCCUCGUGUCCAACGGGGGCAAGUUUAUGAAGAAGACCCUGAUCGGGGAGGCCUACGUUUGGCUGGACAAAGUCGACCUCCGCAAGCGAGUGGUGAGCUGGCACAAGCUGCUCGCCAGCAACGCCCAGAUCCACUCGUAGAGAAAGACGGGAAAAAAAACAAGACCCGAGGAGGUUUCUGACAUGUAGGGACACCUCGGUCCGGACACUGAUCCACUCUUGUUUGAGGGGGAAGUUUGUGAGAACGGUGAAAAAGGGGUAAAACAUUUCUUGGUUCAGUCUUUAGCUUGAGUUCAGGAGGGUGAAAAAAGAUGUCUGGUGAUGAUUUCUGAGAGGAGGAGGAUUGAAUUGACGCGUUUACAGGACAUGAACACGUUUACAGGACGCACACGGUGUACAGUAGUGGAGCCAGGGCCGAGGAGAAGUGCUGAGUUCAGAGGUCAGGUGCGGAAUCAACCAGGUAUUACACACUUUCAUUCACACAAACACACACACAAUUUUGCACAUAAUCAUUCACGCAGCAGAGAAAUCUUCAUUUUAACAGAUACAGGGACAGAAUGGACGCACUUGCAGAUUGUAAUUUUAUUUAUAAUCUUUAUCCAUGGAAGUUUUUCCCCCCCUCAUUAUCGUCUUUAUUAUUAUGACGUGCAGAGUUUUAUUGAUUUAAAACAAAAAAAAGCAUUUUUGAGAAUGAAAUAUUGAAGACUCCCCCCGACGGAGGCCUCGUAUUUAUUUUUGUAUUAUGAGAUUAGCGUAGACGCUCUAUCAUUUGUCUUCACCUCGAUUAUUUCAAAUUGUAUCCUGGGAUGGAAGUAUAGUAUAUUUUAUAACACACUACCUAUCACUCCGGUUCGAGAGGGAGAAAAAAGAAUCGCAGCGAACAUGUUUUUGAAUUUAUCAACAAAAGCAUUUAAUAAUUGUGCCCCCACCUUUUUCCCACCUUAAAUAUAUUAUUUGAUAAAUGAUAAAUAUUAUAAUAUAUAUCAGAUUGGACACUAUAUAUUGUGCGCAUGACUCUAUCUAUUUGGUAUGCACAAAAAAAAAAUCACCUCUAAGGUUCACUUUGUAAAUAGUGAAGUGUCAUAGCUGGAAAUCAACUAUAACAUAUUUAGAUAGAUAUAUAGAUUUCUUUAUUGCGGACAAUCGAGUCUUAAUGAUUGUGACAUAGAGCUUUUAUUUGUCCAUGACACUGUUUUGAGAUCGUCUUUCUGUUCGUGAGAUCCAAGCACAUCGCAAAUCUUGUACGAGUCAAGUCAACGACGCGCGCUUUUUGUGGUAUUUUUGCACUUUUCCCGCUUAGAAUGUAAAAACCAGUCGCCAUCAAAAUGAGAUAUUCGUUCCUUUUUUCGAGGUGAGGAAGUGGAGAGGUGAGGAAGAGAAAAACAAGGGAUGACAACACGAGGAAAUGCCGCAAACUAUCCUUGAAAGAAAACAUCACUGCUAUCACGCUUAGGUACGACAGUGCUAUGACAGAGGCACGUCGAUGUGUCGUCCUCAGCGUUUCUGUGUGUUGUCUCGAUAUUACCGACGAUGUUGUGUCUUUCUGAUAUUCAUCACGUCCUGGGGAAGGUCAACCUGUGUCUGGAAGUCAAGAAGCAGCACAGCGGGGUCCAUUCGACAUUCUCACUCAAACUCAGCAGCGAGGCGACACUUGAUAUCUGAGUGAUUUCUAUGCAACGUCUACUGUGUGAAGGUGGUAACUGCAUCUUGACUUGCCGGAAGUGUGUGACACUUCAUGGGGAGAGGAAACCAACGAUUUUUCAUUUUAUUUUGCACCGCUGUGUUUUCACGUCCUCCUUCGAAUGGUCACUGCUUUAAUAUAGUUUCUAUUUAUUUUAUUCAAUGUAUUGUUUUGUAAUCGCUGUACGAAUCUUUGUUUAUCGCCUGUGAGACUGUGUCAUAUGUUGUAUUACAUUUGUUUACAGUACAUAUCAGGUGUACAUACAAGAAUAAUGUUGAGAGAUUUUGGUUUUUAUACACAAUGUAGUGCUUGUUUACAACGUUUAGAGGGGCCCGAAACUCAGAGAACCAACAUUUAUGCCCUUUGUGCACGAUCACACACACUCACCUAUGGAGGUCGCCAUGUUGAGAUCCUCAAUAUCACUUAGUUGCGAAUCAAAAUAUGGAAAAAAAUAACAUUCCUAUACGUACUUCUCCCCGGUAUGUGUUUGAGAAGCGACCCCCCCAAAAAAAAUGAAAUCACAACAGUAGUAGUUUUGAGGUCACUAUGGUGUUAUUAUCUCUUUUCUUAUUUUUAUAUCCAUGUGCUUGUGUGUGCAGCGUCCUCACGCCAAGUCCAUGCACGUCACCGGUUUCCGAUGCGUAUCCCUUCGUUCAAAGUGUCGUCCGUCUAAUAGAUAUCAACUUUAAAAUCUCGCUACACACAAAGAAUCGCAAAACACACGCGCUCACACACAAACACACAGACGCCAUCUCCCUAUUUCCAACCUUGUAAAUACAUAGCUUUUUAUACCGGGGGUUUGGGGGAGCAAUAGGUCUUUUAGCGGACGAAUUAAAAAAGAAAGGUGUGUGAUCAUAGAAGUAACAGGACGUUGUUUAUUCUCUUGAUCAGUGUACAGUGGACGGACUGAGAAACGACCUUACGGACGAACUUUGACCCGAACCCUUUACACCAAAACACGGAAGGUUUACCAGAGUCUAGCGACACGGACUAUCGUCUAUCUUAACAGCUCAAGUAGUUGCAGGAGAAUUUAAAUGUGCUCACACUGGAUGUUGCAUGUUUCGUUGGUGGUUCAUACUAUUUUUGUGUCCAGAUAUUACUAAAGAAUAAAAAAACGAAUGAGGUAGAGAGACAGAGAGAGAGACAGAGAGAGAGAUAUAGAACAAAAAUGUUAUGGGGGGGAGGGGGGGGAGAACUAUGAAGAAAACUUAUUAAAAUUAUCGAUGAUGUAUGCUGACUGUACAAAGAUUAUGCUUGUAAAACCUGUCUGGUUUUUCACUUGUAAGUAAACAGAAAAAAAAAUCUAACGUCAUGGUUUUGUGAUUGUAUACAGGAGGUAUUGAUAAAUUAUGCAAAUUGUGCUGUAAAAAUGGCUGUUGCCCCAUGUCUAAAUAUUAAAUAUCAGUACAAAUGAA